CUGGGAGCCCGGGGCGGAGUCCGGGGCAGCGGUCCCGGGGACGGUUGCCGAGGAGACGGGGCGGGGACGCGGCUCGAGGGCGGAAGUGAGAAAGUUGCGGCGUCCCAGGAAGAGUUGUCGGAGCGCUCGGCGCGGCCAUGGGGGGCUCGGGCAGCCGUCUGUCGAAGGAGCUGCUGGCCGAGUACCAGGACCUGACGUUCCUGACCAAGCAAGAGAUCCUGCUAGCCCACAAGAGGUUCUGUGAGCUGCUGCCUCAGGAACACAUGGGUGUGGAGGAGUCUCUGCAGGCUCGAGUGUCCCUUGAGCGGAUCCUCAGCCUUCCAGAACUCAAGGCCAAUCCCUUCAAGGAGAGAAUCUGCAAGGUCUUCUCCACGUCCCCCACCAGAGACAGCCUGAGCUUCGAGGACUUCCUGGACCUCCUGAGUGUGUUCAGUGACACGGCGACCCCAGACAUCAAGUCCCACUACGCCUUCCGCAUCUUCGACUUUGAUGAUGACGGAACCCUGGACAGGGAGGAUCUGAGCCGGCUUGUGAACUGCCUCACGGGCGAGGGUGAGGACACUCGGCUCAGCGCAGCAGAGAUGAAGCAGCUCAUCGACAACAUUCUGGAAGAGUCAGACAUCGAUCGGGAUGGGACCAUCAAUCUCUCUGAGUUCCAGCACGUCAUCUCCCGUUCUCCGGACUUUGCCAGCUCCUUUAAAAUUGUCCUGUGACAGCAUGGUCCCCAUCCAAGAUGGCUCCUACUGCGCUGCACUGCACCCAGUGAAGCCCGAGAUGUGCAGGCCAGCCUUGCUGGCCUGUCUAGGCUAGAGCUGGCACUGUGCAGUUGGCCCCCCACAGGGGGGACCUCCCCAUACUACUGUGGUCAUCACUGUGUUUCUGCUAAUGAGUAAUAAAGCAUGAGAAGCUCUG